UCAGUACGAAAGUUGUUCGACGAUGAGUCGCCACUGGGUCUACUGCUGCAGUGGACUUUGGACCCCUCUGUCGAAGUAGGUGGCAAGGCAGGAGAGGCUCUGCAUCGUGAACACUUCAAUGUUCGCCUUGCUGUCAAACGCAUCGUGCUGCAGGAGAACGAGACUGGCGACAUUGAGUGGUCCUGUUUCUCUGAAGCGGAGCUGCGCACUUUCCUGAACAUUCUCAAUCGUGAAGAGGCCGAUUAUCGGCGUCGCAUAGAGUUGAAGUACCAAAUUCGUAAACGUGAGAUUCUACGCCUUAUGAACCUGCGGGCUAGGUCUCGCAAGCGUACUGAUCUUCCCACUCUUGUUAUCUCAUCCUCUACCACUCCUGUGAACAGUCUCGGCAGUGGCGAUUAUGCUAGCAAACCGCAUGCAGAAUGUGAUUCUUUGAUCCCGCCUCCAUCUUAUACACCUUCUAAUGUCGUGCUGAGGCUUGAAGACAGUGAGUUGGGAAGAGACGGUGGAAGUAUGCAAGCUGUCCACUCGCCUGAUCGUCCGCUUUGCCUUCCAAAUUCGUUCUCCACUUCCACUCGCUCUACUCUCGUCGGAACCAGUGAAAUCGUUUCCCCUUUGAGGACGAGUCAGACCCACCUGCUAACCAAAGUCCAUCAGAAGCAGAAGAUGAAGUUGAAAAAGACUAAAGGGAAAAAGUUGGUUAUUAAGGAAAACGCUGCGAAGUCGUCCAAAACAAAGUCGAAUGUGUGGCUCAAGAAGAAAAAGUGA